GUCCGAGACUCCGAGUCCGAACCCACCGAGCCGAAGGAAGAAGGCUUCGUCACGUUCCUUUCGUCCCCCCCCGCCGCCGAUAGGCCGAGCCCGAGCCCGUGGCCGCAACCCUAAUCCCUCUCCCCCCUCCCUCCCGCCGGCGAAGAAGAAGGGUCGUCGGAGGGCGAGCACGCGCCCCUCCCUUCCCGGCUCCCUCCGCGCCGUGGGGCGAGGCCGUCCACCUCGAUCCGCCCUCCGCCCCCGAGGCGGAGGAUCUGGGAGGGGAGGGGGAGGGGGAGGGGCCUGGUCCGGCGGCCCCCGCUACCAUCCGCGCCGGCGAGCGCCACGCGUCCCUCAGGUUUGACUGAGAAGCUGCUGACGUCUUCUUGGACAGGGCUUCACUAUUUAUAAUUCUGGAGUCGGUGCUCCCAAGUCAGACAAGAAAGCUAUUAACCAAACACAAUGAUGACGCAAGCCUGUAAAAAGAGGAGGGCAGUUUAUAUAAGCAGUGAAUCAGGAGAUUCUGGUACAGAUUCUGAGGUUGAGGGAAGCAAAUUGUCCCAAAAAUCUGGUGUGACAUCAAUUUCUACAUGCGAACACCAAUCAUCUUAUAAGAUCAAGGUCAAAAGUAUGAAAACUAGCAAGACUAGGCUGUGUGGAAAUAUCUUAAGGAAGCUCAUGGAGCACAAGAGUGGUUGGCUUUUCAAUAAACCGGUUGACCCAGUGCUAUAUGGGAUUCCUGAUUACUUUGAUGUUAUCCGCCACCCCAUGGAUUUGGGUACUGUUAAGAAGAAACUCACAAAUAAGCAAUACGUGAGCACAGAUGAGUUUGCAGCAGAUGUGAGGCUAACAUUUUCAAAUGCCAUGAAGUACAAUCCUCCAGGAAAUGAUGUCCAUUCAAUAGCUAAAGAAUUGAACGGAAUAUUUGAUUCAGAAUGGGAAUCAGUGGAAAGGAAACUUGGAGGCCGAAACCCGGUACAGGAACAGCAGACAAUGAAGGUUGUAAAGAUUCGAGCUUCCAUGGAUUCAAAGUCUCGAGCUGCCAUGGAUUCAAAGUCUACGGUUGCUAGAGGGACGACUGCGUGCUCGGCAAGAGGGCCAGUAGCUUGCUCAGAUUCACUUGCAAAGAAGACACUGACAGAUGCAAUAUCUUCCAAAGUGAAAAUUAAAUUUUCUGUGCGCAGCUCUGAGCAGACCUCUUCCAAAGAUAUACCUGUUCAAGCACCUGGUAGCAAAGAGGGAUCCUUGAAUCACUCUCUCCCAACUGGCUACAGAGAGGCAUCUUUAAAUCGUUCUCUCCCUUCCACUAAGGAGAAUGCUAAAAUAUCAAGGAUACAAGCAACUGAGCACAGCUCUGGUUUAGUUGGAAAUGAAUCACGGUCUUGCAAUGACACUUCAACAUCGCCCUGUGCUUCCUCUGGGCAAGGAGAGGAAAGUUAUUUACAUGAUGAACCUUUGUCACCAAGCAGAGCCCUUCGUGCAGCAAUGCUCAGGAGUCGUUUUGCGGGGACUAUUGUGAAGGCUCAACAGAAGGCACUUCUGGAUCAUGGGAAGAAUAUAGACCCUGUGAAAUUGCAACUGGAAAAAGAGAGGCUGGAAAAAAGGCAGCAAGAAGAGAAAGCAAGGAUUGAGGCCCAGGUGAAGGCUGCUGAAGCUGCUGCACAACGAAAGCUUGAGGAAGAAAUUAGGAUGAAGAGAGAGCAGGAAAGGGAGGCAGCACGCCUGGCACUACGCAUGAUGAAGAAGACCGUUGACAUUGACAACAGUGACUUCCUAAAGGAGCUGGAGAACUUCAGCAAAACGUGCCAGUCCAAUCCCCCUGGCAAAUUAAUCGUGGAAUUUGUGGAUGGGGACUUGCCACCGGGGCUAGGGAGCCCGCUGGAGAGGCUUGGCCUGUUCAUGAAGCAAGAUUUCGAGGAUGAGGUAGAACAGGAAAUCGAGGACAGCGUAUCACCCUCGAUGGACAUUGACGUGAAGAAGGAUUCCGAGGAAGAGGUAGGACGCGGGAUGGAUGACAGCUUAUCACCCUCGACGGUCAUCGGCACGAAGGAUGAUUUCCAGGAAGAGGCGGGGCAUGAGAUGGAGGACAGCUUAUCACCUCUGGCGGUUGUCGACAUAAAGAAAGAUUCCGAUGAAGUGGUAGAGCACGAGAUGGUGGACAGCGUGUCGCCCCUGAUGGAUGUCGACACGGAGGAAGGAGAGAUCAGCUGCUGAUGGUAGCAAAGCUCCCACUCCCUUCCCGCAUAAUUUAUUCAGGCCGCGAGGCGGACAUCCUUGCUCUGGGUUGUGUUAGAUUAGACGACCUCAUAAGCAGAGUGAUGAAGAAACACUAGUUCCUCUCUGGCUGCGUCUUACGACGAACCAUGUGGAGAACAUGUCUUGAGCCGAACUGUGGAGUGUAGUGAAUAGUGUUCAGGCUUUUGCUGCGGAUUUUGUGCUUCGCGGUCUCCUCAGUUGGGCCAAGAGUACGGUAAUUUCUCUGUAUGUUGGAUGUGUUAUUAGAUGUCUAUUUAGAUUUUUAGGGUGAGCCCGUCGGCUGGAUAACAUGUAUAAAAAAAGAUGAGAAAAAAAUUAGAGUAGUGGAGUGCCAGUAUAUAUUGUAGCAACUGAUGGUGAAGCAGCUGGAUCGAUGUUUGUUGUUGCGGCGCCCGAGCCAAUCGCUUGUUCUCAGAUGUGGUGGUCAGUGCACGCCUUAGGAUGUGGAUUGUGGAACCGCGUCUUGGUUCCAAAGCUUCAAUAAGAUGGUUGUGAUCUGAG